AUGGACGCCUGCGCCAUGUUGCCAGCAAACGCAAACGUCUUGAUUGUCAGCGCGGCGUGUGCAACAUCCAAGAUGCACUCGGCAGGGCACUGGCAACUGCGAUUGGGGUUUGGUGGCGUCGUCAUCAACAACGGCCUCAUCCACGGCAUCCCUCCCUUUGAUACAACUCCCGCCACCUCUGUGCCCAUCAUCAGCCCAUCAACAACAGCAACAGCAGUGACAAUAGCAACAGCAGUGACAGCAGCAGUGGUUGACACGACCACCAUUAACAGUCUGCAAACCGAUUGAGCCAAGUGGCACUGCAGACGGUGUGCGUGCUGGCUCACAACAAC